AUGAUAUUAUUGGCACAAGCAUUAUUAAUAAACACUAGUCUAGAAUAUUUACUUGUUAGCAAUAAUGAUGAUAUAACAGAUCAAAGUGUGAAUGCUAUAACAGAAAUGUUGAAACAAAAUCGAAUAUUAACUUGGUUAAACCUAUGUAAUAAUGAUAUAUCAAAAAAUGGUAAACUGAGAAUUGAACAAGCAGCAAACAUUAAUAAAACUUGUAAUGAUCUCUUAUUAUGA